GCAACAUUGAAUUUAAAAAACAUAUAUUCUCUCUUUAGAGAUAAAGCAUUAGUCAAUUCACAGUUUUGUUUAUUUGGUAUCACCUGUUCUCAUCCAAUCCUAUUGUACAAUCCAGGUUGCGGAAAAGUUUCUACAACUCAAGGGGCAGUGCCCAGUGAAAUGGGGAAGACUUAUAAAAAACUGAUGAACUGGUUUAAGUCAGGACAUUAUGAACUGUAGUUCUGCACAUAACAUUUGGUGUAAGUCCAAUUUUUGCAUAUGAGCAAACAUUGUGAUCCCGGAAUGAAAGUCAAGCUGUUACUUCGACUUAUUUUCCAAGGAUUUCUCCUAUAUGAGACUUUGGCAUGGGAAGUGAGGGUGCCAAAGGAAAUUCAUGGUCUAAAAGGUUCAUGUCUGGUUAUACCAUGUUCCUUCUCCUACACAUCGUAUCCACCCACCAACCCAAACAGAGUUGUGUGGUAUCAGUGGGUCUCUAAAGGCUACCCUUUAGUUUAUCAUCACGAAUAUCCAUCUUAUGUAAUUGACAAGUUCAAAGGAAAAACUGCUUUAUAUGGUAAACCUUCAAAUAGAGACUGCAGUCUUGUCAUUACACAUCUGGAUCAGUCCCACCAUGGAGAGAAAUUAUAUGCAUGGAUUGACCCAGACAGUAUUGGAUGGCGCACAUACAAGUUUUAUGAUGUCACAUCCACGAUUCUUGUGGACGAAAGCCCACAGAAGCCCACCAUCAAUGUUCAUGGAGGCGCAAUGACCGGUGACACCAUAACAGUGACAUGUGAAACCUACCACACCUGUCCGUACAGCAAACCAAACAUCAUUCUGAAGGGAAUAGAAGGAUCUGAUAAAACAGAUCAAACAGAUCAUCCGUAUAUUGGAAAUGGACAAUGGAAAAUCACUCUGACACGCACGGGUGUCGUGAAAGCUGAGCACUUGGAUAUCGAGUGUAUAGUGACACAUUAUGGAGGAAUAACAACAAGAGCUACAAAAUCACAAAGUGCAAAAUGUAACUAUACUAAAAUAGCCAUUGAGCCUGACCGUGCAGAUGUCAUUGAGGGCGUUGCAAAGAAGUUCACAUGUACCAUCGACCAUUCCUGCCUGAAGAAUCCUCCAACCAUAUCAUGGAACUAUAAGAACAUGGAGGUCUCAAACAGUAACAAAAAACUUUCAGAGCUCAAAUCAGCCACCUCUUCCACCAUAACCUUUGUUAGUACAAAAGAAGACCAUGACAAGAUGUUGAAUUGCAGUGCAAACAUUUCGGGGAAAAACAUUGAAUCAUCUCUUACUUUACAUGUACAACAUUCUUCUACAGAGCCUCCAAAACCAGCGAAACCUGUCCAGAAUCCAACCCUUUUCCAGGGUGAGGCCGAAGUGAUGACCUUUGACUGGAAGACCACUGGGCUUUACAUCAUAGUCCCCUCAUCAGUUAUCUUGCUUCUCAUGUGCACACUUGCUGGAGUCUGUACAUACAAGAGACGUCACAGGCCGCCACCUGAUGAUGUGCAAGAACAGAGGUCAAAAGAUGUGUAUUCAGAAUCAGCCAAAAAGACUUUUUCUAAACCUCAUAUGCCAUCACCAAAGAGUCAACGAAAAUCCUGCUCUAUUGAAGAUUAUGAAGAUUAUUACACCAAUAUUGAAGACCUCAACACGUAUGGCAACAUCUGAUGAAAACGCAUGAUAUUUCUUAAAUGUGCUUAAUACAGGACAAGUUAAAAAACAAAAAUCUAUUUUAGUAUAUAACACAAAAACUGUUUUGAAGGGUGUGACUCUUUUCUAUAUCUACUGUAUAUUUAAUUUCAUCAGCAUUUUUAAGUUUCAUUUUAUUUGUGGCACAUUAAAAAUAUUAAAUACAACUAUUUUUUUAUUAACAGUAUAACAUUAUCAAAGUUGCCACAGUGAGGGCUUGUUUUACAUGUGCUUUUGUAGAUAUAUGCCGUUACAUUUACAUUUAGUCAUUAAGCAGAUGCUUUUAUCCAAAGCAACUUACAGGUGUUGAGCAUGGGCUGUGGUUUCUCUG